UCUUUAAAUUUCGUUUGUUAAAUAUUUAAUAUUAAAAAAAUGAUAAUUAUUGUGUCCUUCCAAUUUAUUUUUGCCUCGACGAAACCUAGCCCAAGACAUGGCUUAGGCUUCUGCGGAAACCUGGCGGUCCGAUUUCCGGUUAAGUACCAACUCGUACAGUACUGUAAUCCUCCUAGUUUAAAUGGAAGAAAGUUCAGAAUUGCCGUUGCCGGACGCAUUUCUUGAUUUUCUCAAGGCCAAUGGGCUGGACCCUUCGAUUUACACUGCAAGCGAUUCGACCCCUCGUUAUAUAAGGUUAAAACCUGGUUGUGAGGCUUAUAUUCAAGAGGUUGAAGCUGAGAUGAAAUGCAAGCUUGAGAAAGUGGGUUGGUUACCUGGGUUCUAUUCUCUUCCACCCGAUAUUCGGAUUGCUAGCUCAAAGGAAUACCAAGAAGGAAAGAUAUAUGGAAUUGAUGCGGCCUCUGGAGCUGCUGUUAUAGCCCUAGGUAUUUCAGCAGGAGAUCAUGUCCUUGAUCUCUGUGCUGCCCCUGGUGCUAAACUUUGUAUGAUAUCAGAGCUUCUUGGUGACUCGGGUUCUGUAACUGGCAUAGAUGUUGCAAGACAUCGUAUCGCGGCUUGUAGAACAAUGCUACAGAAAUAUGCACUGGGUGAUCGAUGCCGACUCUUUGUUGCUGAUGGAACAAUAUUUUCCCUCCUUCCUGUGGAGUUCCAUUACAAUUCAAAAUCAUGUGAACCUGCACUGGAAUUAAAGGGGGACGCAUUCAGGGAGUGGACGUCUAGGAGACCAUAUAAAGAAAGGAAAAAAGCAACUAAAGCAAUGAAAACUGUUGCUUCACCAUUAGUUCCAGGGACUCAACAUCCAGAACUUAUAUUUUAUGGGCGGCAUUCUGGAGUGGUUGGUCUCUAUAGGAGUGAAUUAUAUAAUACUGUUUGUGACAGCGAGAUUUCAAGCCAAGGCUAUGACAAGGUACUUGUGGAUGCGGAGUGCACUCAUGAUGGAUCAAUUAGACAUAUCCAAAAAUAUGAACAUUGGGGUUGGACAACUCUUCAGCGUCGUGUAUUGGAUGCAGAGAGAAUUAAUAGCUUGACUGUUCUUCAGUUGAAACUCUUAAGCAAUGGUUUUAGGUUACUAAAAGUUGGGGGAUUACUUGUCUACAGCACUUGCAGUUUGACUGUUGCUCAGAAUGAAGAUGUGGUAGAGAUGUUUCUCAAGGAAAAUGCUUCUGCUGAGUUGCAGGAGAUAGAGGCUGCCAAAAAUUGGCCUUGCAAGAGUGGGCGGAUACCAAAGACCUUGCGCUUUGACCCUUUGACAUCACAAACCAGUGGACUUUUUGUAGCAAAGUUCAAGAAAUUAGAUACUUAAUUGAGGUCGGUUCUAGCGCCGCCUGUGUGUUUGCUGCAGGAAUUUCUUCUGGUUGAAUUGUUCACCCUUACAGAACAAACUACUUUUUGGCCACAAAGUUCUUGUAAAGCUAUUGAUUUAGGCCUAGAGUAUGAGCUGAAUGAUUUAGUGACAGAAUUACUUUCUGGGUGACUAGGUUAUUCUUGGACAAUGAUGCAGCCUAAGUUUGCAAUAAUGGUCUGUCAUUCAAGCCUUGGGAACCCUGUGGCUGUAAUGACAUCAUUUGUCCAACUCUAUUGAGCUUGCAUUCCUCAAGAUUCUGUGGGCCAGUCCUCCACAUGAGAUGAAACUGGAUUGCGUUCCAACUUUCAAGGAAAAGUACCAGCACUGACGAGGCAAGCCUUUGUUUCUCAUUCUGAUAGGGUUGAGAGAAUUCUUUUUGAUUGAUUAUUCAGAGUCCAGUUAAGUUGAUCUGCUGUCAUUAUCCAGAUUCUGUUAUAUUAUUAUCCUUUUUCUUAGAAUCUCUUUGUUUUUCUUAUUAAUCCUUUUGACUAAUUUACCACAAGAAGAUAAAGAAGGGAGAAUGAUAGACAUGAUAA